GGAUGGCUAUGUUGAUAUAAAUACAUCUCAGAAUAUGAAACAAACCCAAAGUCCACCGCCCCCAGCACCUGACAUGCUGGGAGCUGCCUUUCCAUCAGCAAACAAAGCCUCCAGUGCUAGGAAUGUGUUCUUGGAUGUCGACAAUUCGUCAAUUAUUCAGAAUUGCGACCAACUCAGUCCAAAACCUCAUUCUCCGAAAUCCAACAAAACAUCACCGAGAAGGAGUAAGAGUCACUCUCUGACAGCUGCAAAAUCAGAUUCAGGUUUAUCAUCUAUGAGUGGGUGGUCCAGUCUAGAAAAGUCCCCAGGAUCUCCUAAAACAUCCAAAAUCAAUCCAUACGGGGAAACCAGAAUUGCUAAUAGUAGGCUAGUUUCACCAAUACCGAUGCAAUACAGUUCUAACAAUCCCCGACCAUUCACAGAAUCUUCCGUUGAUUCUAAAUUAUCAGAUUCUCAAGGGUUACCAAGCAAUCUGCUGCCAGGCGGGCAUCAUCUGUCAGCAUUCACAACUGUCAAGUCACCCUGUGGUAUCGAUUCGUUAGAGGGGUAUGGAAACUUCGUUCCAGCUCCUGCUCCAGCGUCAGACAUCAACGUUAGCCCCAACACGAAAAAAUCUGACAAAACCAAUGUAACCACAAGCGAUGAGGAAUUUUCAGGGACAUGUUUGUAUAAUUUUGAUCAACCAGCAAUAUACUCGGUGGCCGGUAGCAACAGAGACUCUUACACUUCAGUAUAUACUGGCAGCCACGCCGAAUAUAUCUCCCAAACAAAUAACUAUCCAGAUUUGAUCGAGCCUUACGAAAACAACGAAUUUUUCAACGCCCAUCAGAAGAAUUACUAUAGUUCUCCAGCAUAUAUGCCUUUCUCAACACCUAAUACAGAUGGAGUACAAGGUCGAUACAAACCGAAUACAAACAGAGAGACUGAAGAUAUAACUAACCAUGAGGGGUAUCGGACAGCAAUGUACCGCACAAUGUUUCCUUCUGGCAACAUUACGGACGCACUGAGUUAUUACCCCACCUCAUCUAGAAACGACACUUCAGAAACCAGCUACGAUGAACAACGAAUGUGGCUAGAAUACACAGCUGAUAAUAGGUUACCUGAUAGGCAAGUGCAACUAGAAGAAUUACAAGAUCAACAUUUUUCCCAUUCCCCUCGACCAGACAGGAGUCGCAACAACCAUUCACAACCAAUUUAUGAGAAUCAACAGCAUUCGGAACAACCAAACAGACAGUGGAAUCAACGACAGGAAAUACCCUACUUAGACUUGGACUUGCGGAAUAAAAACUUACCUGAAUACGUCGUCCAACAACAACACGGUCAAAACCUAUAUUACGAUACCGGUGGUAUCAUCAUGACUCAGUCAGGUUACAUCACAAUCUCUUCGAAUACUGACCAACGAACCCAACAGUUCACUGAAGCACCUAAAAAAAUUAAGCGAGCCAACACUUUAAAAUCAGCCAUGAGUUCCGUGACUCACUGGUUACCAACUCUACAUUUACCCAAAAGAAACCGAUCCCAUUCAUUACCAGGGAUUAAAAGUAUAAAACCCAGCACUGGCCGAAAGAAAAAGAAAAACAGCAUCGUUUCCACAGUCUCUGACAUUAUUCAGAAAGCCAAGAGAAAAGGUAGUUUAGCACCACAGUAUUCCUCCUCGUUAUCGGACCCAGAACAGUCUGAAAACGAAUGGUCUAUUGACAGAAGCAAAUCCGUGAAGUCUGAAGACGAAAGAAGCGAAGAUAGCUCUAGUAUUUUUUCGGAAAACAACGAGACCGAUAGUGAUUUCCCGACGAUAGAACAUAUUAAGAUGAAAAGACCUUGUUCUUCUGAACAAAAACCAAACGAAAAGUAUGCGCUACAACCUGUUUUCGAAAGUGAGUCGAAUCAUAGCGACGAAGGUGAAGUAGAGAAUCACAUCGAAGGGGAAAGAGAAGACAGCGAUAGAAAUGGUUGUAAUAAAACUUUCCAGACUAUUGGAGCCCCAAAACAAAAUUCAAUUCUCUCAGACAAUGUCGAUGAUAUAGCAACCAUCGAGAGUAAAAUGAUGGUGGUAGUUGGUGCAGGGGCUUCCAUGGAGUUUGCUGUUUCUAGAGCUCUCGGAAGAUUCAGACAAAGACAAUCAAACUCUUUCUCUGACGAUCAGUUCAAUGAAGAAGAUGAGAUCAUUAUAGAGGAGAUCACUGAAGAAAAAGAGGAACCGUCCCAGUCAGUGCCACAAAUUUGUAACAAAGUCUUACCAGAGCAAAAGUCUAGCGACAGUCAAAACAGUUCCGACAAUAACAGACCAUCCGCUACAGACUUGGCUGAAGAACCGGCCGUAUCAGAAGACAGUCCAUCGACAAUAAGCAUCAAGUCACACACCAACCGUUAUUUACCUAAACAACAGCAAAGUUUAGAAAUUCCCGGAGGUCGCGAUGAUGAUGACUGUAGAAGCACUCAUUCGUGGAGAAGCAAUUCAAGAAUUUCAUCAAGAAGACAAAGCACAGAAGACAGUAUAGAUAGUGAAGACGAGUGGUACUGCUACGAGCUGCGGAAGUUGGAGGAAAUGGAAAGGCAAACUCAAUUGGAACAGGAAAUGGGUACAACAUUGCUAGAAGAACCAGAACCUUUGGAGGAAGAACAGUUCGAGCCCAACGAGGAGGUGAGGGAGAUGAUGACGUUCGUUUUGAGAGAGUUGAGUAUGAAAGCCAAAGUUGUGGAAGGAGUAUUAGACGAGAAAGAUAAUAACCUGUUGGUAGUACAAUCUCGAAAGAGUCGAGAGACCAAAAGGUCUUCCUUUCAAUUAGAUAACGCAGCCGCUUUGUUCGAAAAGAUUAAACACUAUCAUCAUGAAGAAAGCCAGGAUGAAGGUGAAAAUAAAACUCAAGACAAACUGGAACUGCUCAGUCCGCAUGACCGGGAGGAUCUUUCUUCGGGUGCUACAUCUGGACCUGAUAGUCCACACAGUACGGACGAAUACGAUGAAGCGGAAAUGGCUUUGAAUGACGAAUUUGCUCUUUCUCAUAUAAAUAAAGAAGCAGAAGAGGAGAGGAGUAAGGUUGCCGAGACCAGGAUUUCUAAAAGUGAUGAAGUUUUGAUACCAAAAAUACAACUUGAAUCGACCACACCAGCAGAAGAAGGAAAAGAAGAUAAGGAAGGAGCUCAGUUAGGUAGUAGGUGGAAACUGUUAAAAACAUUGAAGGAAAGGAAGGCUGAAGAAAAAAGUAAUCAGGCAAAGACGCCAGCGCAGCCUCCUGUAGAGAAGAGUAAAAAAGAAUCUGGUAUAGUAGGUGAUCCAUCCGCCCGAGCUAAUGGACAUCCAGGCGACAACCCGUUCUACAGCAACAUCGACAGCAUGCCCGAUAUCAGACCCAUCCGAAGGAAGUCAAUACCGCUUGUAUCAGACCUGGUGCUCAAGACAAUGGCCGCUACCAAGAGGAAUGCCGGAUUGACGUCAGCAGUGCCCAGGGCUACCCUGAAUGAUGAAGAGCUGAAAAUGCACGUCUACAAAAAGACCCUCCAAGCUCUAAUCUAUCCCAUCAGCAGCACGACCCCUCACAACUUCGUCUCGUGGACGGCGACCGCCCCCACUUACUGCUACGAGUGCGAGGGGCUUUUGUGGGGCAUCGCCAGGCAGGGAAUGAGAUGCACCGAGUGCGGUGUCAAGUGCCACGAGAAGUGCAAAGAUCUACUUAACGCCGAUUGCUUGCAGAGGGCGGCUGAAAAAAGCUCAAAACAUGGUGCCGAAGAUAAAGCCAACAGCAUCAUUACUGCUAUGAAAGAUCGAAUGAAGCAGAGAGAAAGAGAGAAACCGGAAAUCUUCGAACUCAUCAGGGCCGUUUUCGGCGUCGAAGAAAAAAACCACGCGGGCCAUAUGAAAGCUGUAAACCAGUCCGUACUAGAUGGUACUUCUAAAUGGUCCGCCAAAAUUAACAUCACAGUAAAAUCCGCACAAGGUUUGAUUGCCAAGGAUAAAAGUGGAACUUCGGAUCCGUAUGUAACUGUGCAGGUCGGGAAAGUUAAGAAACGCACAAGAACAAUGCCCCAAGAGUUGAAUCCUGUGUGGGAUGAAAAAUUUUAUUUUGAAUGCCAUAAUUCGUCAGAUAGAAUCAAGGUCCGAGUGUGGGAUGAAGACAAUGACUUGAAAAGUAAACUACGGCAGAAACUAACAAGAGAGUCGGACGAUUUCUUGGGACAAACAAUUAUUGAGGUACGCACAUUAUCCGGUGAAAUGGACGUCUGGUACAACUUGGAAAAAAGAACAGAUAAGUCGGCGGUAUCGGGAGCCAUCCGUCUCCACAUAUCGGUAGAAAUAAAGGGAGAGGAAAAGGUGGCGCCCUACCACGUCCAGUACACCUGUCUCCACGAAAACCUAUUCCAUUAUUUAUGCGAACAAAAUAAUGGGGUGGUGACUCUGCCGGAGAAUAAGGGUGACGACGCUUGGAAGGUGUAUUUUCACGACGCCGCCGAAGAAAUCGUCGACGAAUUCGCCAUGCGAUACGGAAUAGAAUCCAUAUAUCAAGCCAUGACGCAUUUUCACUGCCUUUCUACAAAGUACCUAUGCCCUGGAGUUCCUGCCGUUAUGAGUACACUACUGGCGAAUAUAAAUGCUUACUAUGCUCAUACAACGGCUCUGUCAGCGGUCUCAGCUAGUGACAGAUUUGCUGCAUCCAAUUUUGGUAAAGAAAAAUUCGUCAGACUCCUGGACCAGUUGCACAACUCCCUGCGAAUAGACCUCUCCAUGUACAGAAACAACUUUCCCGCGUCCAGUCCAGACAAACUGAAAGAUCUCAAGUCAACUGUGGAUCUUCUUACCAGCAUCACCUUCUUCCGUAUGAAAGUUCAAGAAUUGGCGUGUCCUCCACGGGCUAGUACCGUAGUCAAGGACUGCGUCAAGGCCUGUUUGCGAUCGACAUAUCAAUUUCUGUUCGAGAACACAUACGAACUCUACAACAGGGAGUUCCAGAGUGACCCCAAUGAGCCCAAGAGGGAUACGGAGGACCACGGUCCACGCCUGGAUAGUGUGGACUUCUGGCAUAAAUUGAUAGCACUCAUAGUGUCCGUCAUAGAAGAAGAUAAAAACAGCUAUGGACCUGUUCUGAACCAGUUCCCCCAGGAGCUCAAUAUAGGACAGUUGUCUGCUGCUACAAUGUGGAGCCUAUUCGCGGUGGACAUGAAGUAUGCAUUAGAAGAACACGAACAGCACAGGCUGUGUAAAUCGUCAGCGUAUAUGAACUUGCACUUCAAAGUUAAAUGGCUGUACUCCAAUUACGUCAAAGACGUACCUCCUCAUAAGGGAGCAGUUCCAGAAUAUCCAGCGUGGUUCGAACCCUUCGUAAUGCAAUGGUUGAACGAAAACGAUGACGUCUCCUUAGAGUAUUUACAUGGUGCCUUCAAUAGAGAUAAAAAGGAUGGU